AUGUGUCCGAUCCUGUGUACCCGAAAUGAUGUGUCCGAUCCGAUGUGUCCGAUCCGAUGUGUCCGAUCCGAUGUGUCCGAUCCGAUGUGUCCGAACCGAUGUGUCCGAUCCGAUGUGUCCAACCUAACCGAUCUAACCGAACCGAUGUGCCUAAUCCGAUGUGUCCAAACCGAUGUGUCCGAACCGAUGUGUCCGAACCGAUGUGUCCGAUCCUGUGUACCCGAAAUGAUGUGUCCGAUCCGAUGUGUCCGAUCCGAUGUGUCCGAUCCGAUGUGUCCGAUCCGAUGUGUCCGAUCCGAUGUGUCCGAUCCGAUGUGUCCGAACCGAUGUGUCCGAUCCGAUGUGUCCGAUCCGAUGUGUCCGAUCCGAUGUGUCCGAUCCGAUGUGACCGAACCGAUGUGUCCGAACCGAUGUGUCCGAUCCGAUGUGUCCGAACCGAUGUGUCCGAACCGAUGUGUCCAACCGAACCGAUCUAACCGAACCGAUGUGCCUAAUCCGAUGUGUCCGAACCGAUGUGUCCGAUCCGAUGUGUCCAACCGAACCGAUGUACCGAACCGAUCUAACCGAACCGAUGUGCCUAAUCCGAUGAGUCCGAACCGAUGUGUCCGAUCCUGUGUACCCGAAAUGAUGUGUCCGAUCCGAUGUGUCCGAUCCGAUGUGUCCGAUCCGAUGUGUCCGAUCCGAUGUGUCCGAACCGAUGUGUCCGAUCCGAUGUGUCCAACCUAA